CUAAAAAAUAUACUAGUAGGACGCUCCUGUCGCGUCCUAUAUUUUUUGGCGCAUCAAAUUGUACGGCUGCCACCACUUCACCGUUCGGAGUGUAUCAAAUCCGUUGCCAUGGUCUUUGCGUCUCUGACUCGCUGUGCGCGCCCGUCGCCGCUGCGCCUUGCUCGCCGUCUGAGCACUUACAAGCCGGACAUCGAGGCUGUUAAGAAGCUACGCGCGGAGUCGCAGGCUCCGCUGAAGGACGUGCGCAAUGCCUUGGCUGCUACCGAAGGCGACUUCCCGGCUGCGUUCGAGUGGCUGCGCAAGAAGGGCAUUGCUUCGGCCAGCAAGAAGGCCGGUCGCCAAACUGGCGAGGGCCUCGUGGCCGUUAAGGUCGCCGACAGUGGCCUGGCCGCCGCCAUGGUGGAAGUCAACAGUGAGACGGACUUCGUGGCCAUGAACGACAAGUUCCAGGCGCUCGUCAGCAGCGUGGCCGGUGCGUUGGCCGAGGCUCCGGCGUCGGAGGUCGUGACCCAGCUGCCCACCGACAAGCUGGCGCUCGUAGAAGUGGACGGUGCCACCGUGGCCGAGAAGGUGCCCGAACUGGUGGGCGUCGUCGGUGAGAACGUUGUGGCCAACCGUGCCGUGCAGUUCCAGCUCGAAGAGGGCACGAUCUGCAGCUACCUGCACAACGUGGCUGCCCCUGGCCUCGGCCGUGCUGGUGCGCUUGUGGCACUACAGUUCCCGUCCAAGACGGCGUCGGCCGAGCAGGUGGCCGGGGUUAAGGAGCUCGGCCACCGUCUGGCCAUGCACAUUGUGGCCGCCAAGCCGCGUUUCCUGUCGCGUGAGACCGUCCCGGAGGCGCUGGUGGAGAAGGAGCGCGUAUUCCUGGCCGACCAGGUCAAGGACUCGGGCAAGCCCGCACACAUCAUCGCCAAGAUGACGGAGGGCCGUCUGAACAAAUUCUUUGGCGAGUUCACAUUGCUGGAGCAGGACCACUUCAUCGAGGAGGGCAACCCCAAGGUCGGCGUCUUUGUCGCCGAGCAGGCCAAGAAGCUGGGCGUCGAUGUGUCAGUGGCUGCUUACGAGCGCUUCGAGGUCGGCGAGAGCAAGGAGGAGGAGGCGUAAGCGCAUGAUUUAGAGAAGACAGCGAGCAAACAAUAGACACCGCUUUCGCUCAACCUACCCAACGAUGUGUUGACUUUUGCUGCUCUAUCAUUUGCAUACAGUGGAG